AUAAAUAAAAGAUAAAGAAAGAAAAGGUUUUGUCUUGAUUACAUUUUUCUCAGUAUAAAUUCGUCUACGAAUUCACGUGCAAAAUGACGAAAAGAAUGAAGAUAAAACGAGAAAUGAAUGAUGAUGGUCCGCAAUCGGAGAAGCGUAAUAGACGCAAUGACGAUCAAGUCCGAAUUUUAAUUCCAAGCAAUAUUGCUGGAGCUAUAAUUGGCAAGGGUGGACAGCAUAUUCAAAAAAUGCGAACACAGUAUAAAGCCACUGUGUCUGUCGAUGAUUCCCAAGGCCCCGAACGUACCAUUUUAAUAUCAUCGGACUUGGAUUCAACUUUACAAAUUAUUUCCGAAAUGUUGAAAUAUUUUGAAGAGCGAGAUGAUGAAGUUGAUGUCAGAGUUCUUAUUCAUCAAAGUCUUGCUGGUUGUGUCAUUGGCAAAGGUGGCCAAAAAAUUAAGGAAAUUCGCGAU